CUCGAUUCGAUUUAAAUUUAAUGAAUGUCUUUCAUCGUACGUUAGGAGGGAGUGUAUAACGACGGUCAAAUGAUGCUUUAAGCGCGUUGCAUCAAUAGAACGCAAGAUAAUGUCAAAGGUUCCAAUCUCAUCGGAUAUGUAUCAGGUUAUGGUCAAAAAUACGGUCAUCAGGAAAAAUUUACUGAAACAUGAAACAUAAAGCGCAUCUCGGAAUUCGCUCUUCAUUAACUCGUUUCACUUUUCCUUUGCAUACACCUUUUCUCUGCAUACACCAACUCUUUUUAAUAUCAUCCUUCAUGAGCCUACACAAAGUUGCUAUCAUUGGAUCUGGUAAUUGGGGUUCCGCUAUCGCCAAGAUCGUUGGCGAGAAUGCACAAGAGCAUUCCAAUUUGUUCGAUCGACAAGUGCGUAUGUGGGUUUUCCAAGAGCAGGUCGAUGGCAGAAACCUCACAGAUAUUAUCAACGAGAAACACGAGAACGUCAAAUACUUACCUGGCAUAAAGCUGCCUGAAAAUGUUGCAGCCAUACCAGACCUUAUAGAAGCCUGUCAAGGAGCAGAUCUUUUGGUAUUUGUUUUGCCCCACCAGUUUGUGGGCCGAGUAUGUACAGAUUUGAAGGGAAAGCUUGGAAAGAACGCCAGAGCCAUCUCAUUGAUCAAGGGACUGGCGUUUCAUGACAAUAACAUCUCGUUGUUCACUGACGAAAUCCAAAACACAUUGAACGUACCGACAGCAGCACUUAGUGGAGCUAACAUAGCUGACGAGGUGGCUAAAGAAAUGUUCUGUGAAACCACCAUAGGUAGCCAAACAUACGAGGAGGAUGGAGAACUAUGGUUCAAGCUUUUCAAUACUGCGUACUUCCAUGUAACUGUUAUAGAAGACUCUGUAAGCGUUCAAAUAUGUGGCGCUCUUAAAAACGUCAUUGCCGUUGGCGCUGGUUUAUGCGACGGACUGAAAUAUGGAAACAAUACGAAAGCUGCGGUCAUCCGACGUGGGUUGCUUGAAAUGAGAAAGUUUGGAAAGUCAUUCUUCGGAGGUGUACGGACGGAAACCUUUUUCCAGUCAUGCGGUGUUGCAGACCUCAUCACAACAUGUCUUGGCGGACGCAAUCGAAAAGUCUCGGAAGCUUUUGUGAAUUCUGGAAAGUCUAUUGAAGAAUUGGAGCAAGAGAUGCUUAAUGGUCAAAAACUGCAAGGAACAACCACGGCAAAGGAAGUGCAUGAGUUUUUGAAGGCUCGGAAUAUGACAGAAGACUUCCCUUUGAUGACCACCGUUUAUAGAAUUAUAUAUGGUGGCGAGCCUCCAGAGACCAUUGUUCGAGACAUUUGAUAAUACAAUAGCUUGUAUGCUGCACUGUUUGCGUUAGAAGAACACACGAAAAUUUUAUAGAACAAUUUUAAAUCGUAUUUUGAACAUUGAAAAAGGUUUUGAAAAAGGUUUUGAUAGAUGGAGUACUGGUUUCGUUGAAUUAACAGUUACUUUCAUAAGAAUUCUUUCCAAACAUUAGAA